GGAAUCAUAUAUCAUGAGAUGAAAGAAAAACAAAUGAUAAAACAAUAUUUGGAUCAUUUAAACCAGGAAAGUUAUCCUACUAUUGAUUAUUCUGAUCCUUACAGCAUAAAAUCCGCUAUGGAGACUUGGUUUUCGGGAGAACAUUGGGAACAAGUUGUUGAUAAUGCAUUAUUGAGCAUACGUUAUGAGGAACAAGAGCACUAUUUCAAAAAUACCAUGUUCUAUCUAAGAAAUCCACGCUACCCAGACUUUUUUUAUCCAAACCAUUGUGAAUUUAAAGAUUCUUUUGCUGCGCAACGAAAUUUACCAGAAAAUCAUAAUGACGGAUAUUCGGAUUUUCUUGAUAAAUAUUAUUUGGAUUUCAUGAAAGAGCCUUUGCUGAGUGAAACCUCGUAUAAAGGAGUUCGAAUGCCAAUAGCACGUAAAGAAUCAUGUGAGGUUGCACUCAAAUCAUUACCUAGUGGUUCUAAUACUUUGAACUGUUUAGAGGAAUUUAAAAAUCAUAUGGAAUGUAGAUUGAAUGGCAUCGGACUUAAG